CGCGCCGCUUGACACCGUCUAGUCGCGCUACACGGUCGAACCGCGGCCGACCGUUCGUGGACGCACCCGCGAACCUCCGCUCGAGCCGCCGCAGCGCAGUGCGUCGCAGAACCGCAGAGACCUUAAUUUGGCGAAGAAUUACCGAGGUGGAGCAUGGCUGAGGAACCCGAGGUCGUGCCGGAGGGCACCGAGCUGCCCCCGGGCACCAACAAGCUGUAUCAGAACACGUACAGGCAGAAACCCGAGCAGUACGGAGAGGGCUACAAGUUCAUGAGGGGUCCCGUGCAGAAGAUUCUGACCGAUACCAUACGGGAGCGCAUGGAGGGCACGACGUACGACCCGCUGCGGAGCGCGCAGACCGCCAAGGAGCUGGCGGACGUGAUCAAGGAGCGGGUGAAGAACCUGGGGUACUCGCGGUACAAGCUCGUCGUGCAGGUCACCGUGGGGGAGAAGACCGGGCAGGCGCUCAGGCUGGCGUCCAGGUGCCUGUGGGACACCGCCACGGAUAACUUCGCCAGCGACUUUUACGAGAACGCCAGCGUGUACUGCGUCGGCAUGGUGUUCGGCCUGUACUACGAGUAAGACGCUUAGCGACAGCGUGAGGAAGAUUUGGCGACCAAAACCGGCA